CUCUACUCAUACACACUGCACACAUACCGUCUGGAAAAAGCUUGGAAUACAUAGGCAAAAGAAGUUGGUCCACGAUCGCUCUGCCAAACUCGGUCACUGGAGGCACCCAGCUAACUUGCAUCGACAUACCAUCACAUACACCAAUCAAUUGAGCCCCUGUGCUCCGCGAAACACGCCACUCCGGUUAAGGGACACUUCAUCCCCACUUCAGAGAGCGUAAGCAGGCGCGAUGCCGCCGCGCAUCCAAAAUGUGAACGCUGCGGGAACGGGUGUAGGGGCUUGGUUUGAGAGCCUGCCGCCCAUCACCCGAACCUAUGCGGCAUCGCUGUUCAUCGUCACCCUGCUGUGGCGCUUGGGCUUCGUCAAUGUUAUGUGGAUUGCGCUAUUAUGGCCGCGAGUGGCGACGCACUUCGAGGUUUGGCGCCUGGUGACCAACUUCUUCUUCAUGGGCAAGUUCUCAUUCAACUGGGUCAUCAAGAUCCUGUGGCUGCUGUCGUACGGCACCACGCUGGAGCGCGAGACGUUCGCCUUCGAGCCGGCCGACUUCCUGUUCAUGAUGCUGUUUGGCGCCGGCUGCAUGCUGGGCCUGAGCCUGGUGCUGCUGUUCGGCCUGGGCAUUCCCAUGUUCUUCAUGGCCGACUCCCUCAUCUUCAUGCUGCUGUAUGUGUGGAGCCGGCAGUUCCCGCAACAGCAGGUGUCCAUCUACGGGCUGUUCAAGGUGCUGGCCUUCCACGUGCCCUUCGUGUUCGUGGGCAUCGAGUUCCUCAUGGCCGGGGCCAUCCCGUACCCCUCCCUGCUGGGCAUCGUGGUGGGGCACAUGCACUACUACCUCACGGUGCUCUACCCCGCCAUCGGCGGCCCGCGCCUGCUCGCCACGCCCCGCUUCCUCAAGAACCUGCUGGCGGACGCAGGCGUGGGGCGGCGCGUCAACACGCACGCCGCGCCGGGGCUGGACGCAUUCCGCGCCUUCGGCGGACGCGGCAACCGGUUGGGCGCCAACUAGGGCUGUGGGGCAGACUGUGGCGGGGGUUGGAGAGGGGCAAGAGGGGCAGUACUGAUGAGUAGAUCUCGGAUAAGAGGGCUUGCGGGGGGCGACGUUGCUGGGGAGAGGGCACGUUGGGGUGUGCUGUAGGCGAAGGAAAAGGAACAGGUCAAACGGCACACGGCGCGUGAGCAGAGCACGCAAGUCACGCUGCGGACACGAGGAAAGGCGGUUGUGACCCAUGUGAGAAGAAUUGUUGACUGCUUUAGUUGUUCACACCAUCCCAUGAGGGCUAAGGGUAAGAUGGCCAGGCGGCGAGAGGAGGCGCGAGCUCGUUACGCUGCUGGCAGGAUGAAGGAGGCGGUUGUGGCUGGCGUGUAAGGCAUGAAGUGCGGGCUGGGUUGGGGAAGACCCCUUCCUGGCACACGGCUGGCGGCUGGGCCCUUCGCAAGGGUUGUACGGUGUGCUUGGAGAUUGGUGACUGGCAAAGCUUUGUGUGCGAGCUGGCCUCAGGAUUGCGUGGGAGCUCGCCGCGGCAGGCAGAUGGCGCCUGGCUGGGUGAGGAGUUGGAAGGGCCCCGGUGUGCAGAACUGGUGGAUAUUGUAUGAUGACUCAUGCAUGGCAACACUGGCGGAUCUGGUCGCAACAAUGUAUCAAUGGAACUCGUAAGAGUCUCUUUCCU